ACAUCCGGGUUAUACCAUCUGCAUUUGUAUAAGUAUUCGAACAGCUCCAGUACCUGGGUGCCAGACCUCUUGCACCCCUGCAGCUUUCAAAAUGAAGCUCCUGCUGAUUCUUUCCCUUUUCUGCGGACUGCACUGCUCAGCCUCGACUCUGAAGUGCUACAGAUGUGCAGCCACGGGUAAUGAGAUCUGCAGUUCCCAGCAACAAUUGUGCUCAUCAUCAGAGACCGUGUGUGCCUCAUCAACGCUUGUAGAAAAGAGCGGGAAUACGAAGAAAAUUGUGAAGGCCAGAGCUUGCUCUACAAGGCAGGACUGUGGAGAAGUCCUGUCUGUGAACCAAGGCUCUGUCCGAAGAAUUUCAAAUACCUCAUGCUGUACUACAGACCUGUGCAAUAACUUUGAUGUUCCAGUGGUGGAUGAGGGGAAGGCCAACAGACUGGAGUGUGUGAUGUGCUCCGGCCUGGAUCUGCAAUGCUCCAAUUAUGACAAAGUGCAGUGCCUGGAUAAUGAAGACCGCUGCUUCAAGGAUGUCUUUACUGAUGGACAGACGACUUUGACUGCAAAAGGAUGCGCCUCCAGGAAUGUGUGUGAGAAAGUGGGAGCGAAGUCGCUGAACAGAACCGUGUCGGUGAGGUCGUACUGCUGCAAGGGGAACCUCUGCAACAGCGCUGGGCCUCACGGGCUCCUCGGACCAAUGCUGCCACUCGGCCUCCUGGCCGCCAGGCUCCUCCAAUGACCACAACUUCAGAAACGCACCUUCUGCUUUCCGCAAUCUUUCCUGUUUGCCUCUCCAGAUUUUUUUUCCUCAGCAACCUCUUAUCUCAAAGGUAACAAAGUGACUUUGACCUUCCUGGAGCUCAUCCAAAUCGCCUGGGUUGGGAUGUGCUGGGAAUACUGUAAUUACUUAAUUUUUAUCUUUAAAUUGACCAAAUCUGUAAUCUCACUCACAGCUUCAUUUACCUUUGACCCUCUGUUGUGUAAUCGUCCUUGCUCUUAUCACCACUGUGUUACAGAACCUAAUUCCUAAAGCACUCAGUUAAAUAAACCAGUUGCAGGGCGUCUGCUCAUCUGAAUAACU